CGCCAGGGCUGAGGCGAGCCCCGGGCGGAGGGGACGGAGAUCGCACCAGCCUGCGGCGCUACCCCACGCCGCGCCGGCACUAGCUCCGCGUCGAACGCCCCGCGGCCCGGCCCGCCCCGGCCCGGCCUUCCGCCACCACCGCCGGCGGAGCGGGGCCACGCCGGGCCAUGGCGGAGCGGAGCAGCCCCCGCGCCCCGCGGACGGGACGCACCGGGGCGGUCGGGCGCGCCGUGCCCGGAGCGGGGCCGGAGGGGCCGCCGAGAAGCCGCGCCGCCGCGCCGGGGCUGCUGGAGUGCCGUCGCUGCCGGUACCUGCGCACGGCCAGGGCCUGUUGCCAGAUGGUGGGAGCGCUACUCGCCGCGCUGAUCCUGGUCUGCAGCUCCGUCUCCUACGGCUCCUCGGGAGGCUACACGGGCCUUCCCAGCCUGGGGGGCAUUUACUACUACCAGUACGGCGGGGCUUACAGUGGCUUUAGCGGAGCAGAUGGGGAAAAAGCCCAGCAGCUUGACCAGCGUUUCUACCUACUAAAGCUGCCAAUUGCGAGGGCAGCAAUGGCCGUGGGAGGGUGUCUCCUGGUCUUCUCUUGCAUUCUUAUUGUGGUUGGUGUUCUACGGUUACCAUGGCAUUUCCCAGCAUGGCUCCUACUUGAAUGUGUCCUGGACACAGUGAUUGCAAUUGGCAUGGUGCCUGCUCUGUACUAUUUCUUCCAUUUUCUGCUGGAGGCUUAUAAUUCAUCAGUGUGCAAAGAGAGAGAGCAGCUUUAUCAAAGCAAAGGCUAUCAGGGCUUUAGCUGCAGCCUGCAUGGGGCGGAGAUUGCUGCUGGCCUCUCGGGCUGCGUAGCUGUCGUGGCAUACCUGCUUAGUGCAGGCCUAGCUGCCAAAGGGUACAGAACAGUUCACAAACUGAAAAAGAAGCCAGUACAAUUACAUGAGCAUUAGAAUGAUUCCUCUGCUCCGGUAAUGGUCAUGAUUUUUACCAGCCUCCUUACUGAGACAAAGCAGUAUGCUUUUCCUUGUUUCUGGGCAGUGCAUCCGUAAUGCUGUAGCAGAACGCACGCCGAGACAGUAUAGCUCUAAAUACAGCAGACUCAAGCUGUUCCUAACUUGAAUUUGCAUUAUUGAAUUAUUAGUGGACACAAACUUAGUCCCAUGGCUUGUCUUCAUCUGGUGGCUGUCUCUUAGUAGAGAAUGACUUGUCCUUGUGUAGUUGACUAGCAAGCUGCCUGUUUCACAGGUAGCCUUUCCCUCCCGUCCGUCGGGUGUCUUGUUCUCCUCCAGUGAGGUCUUGCUACGAGUACUGCUACUACAUAUUUCUGCUGACAGCUUUCUGUAGCUGAAACUGUCUCUACAAAGGGCAUGUUCACCAAGAACAGAACUCUUAAAAAUGAGUGAUUGAGGCCCCAUGGCUCUGGCAGCUAAUUAUUGCUUUCUUGUAGGUCUCUUGGAACUAACAGGGCAGUUUGAACGUGAUGUUUAUAGAGCUAUCAGAGAAUCCUGAAAUAAACUUGCAAAAUGCUGAA